AUGGGCAAAGAAAGCGAGAAGAUGGCAAAGUUCGAGGGCUCCUGGAAACAGGUGGAAUCGCACGGACUCGACGAGUUUCUUGCUGCUUCUGGAAUCGGCUGGAUGAAGAGAAAAAUGGCCACGAAAUGCAACCCAAUUGAUCAGAUUCAGAUUUCCGGAGAAAAUCUCACUAUUUCUUACACAGCCGUCGGAGUAAUUUCCGGCUCCAAUACGUACAAAAUCGGAGGAACUGCCAAGAUCAAGAACUAUUUGGAUGAAGAAGUCGACGCCGAUUGCGUUAUCGAGGACGAGGAAAAGAUCGUGCUCAUCAUGAAGGGUGGCUCUCUUGGCGAAGUCAGAAUAUCUCGAGUCAUCAAGGACGGCAAACUCCAUGUCGAGCAAAAAAUCAUGAGCAAGAACAUCGUCGCUAGCCGCGUUUUCGAACGAUCCUAA